UAAGCUGCCAUGGCAACGGCGUCGGCGGGCAGCUUGUUCCUGUAGCUAACCGAAGAUCGACCGAAGAUGAGGAGCAGCUGGUUAGCACGCUGGCCAACCUAGUUAACUAGUUAAACGAUAUUAACCAGCUAGUUAACUAAGUCAAAGCCAGCGCAAUAAAAAGGAGUGACUUCUCGCGGGGUUUUGUCGGCGGAGAGAGUAGCUAUGACCGUUCGCUUCAAGUGUCGGAGUGAAUACCAGAAAAGCUACAGGGUUCCCCGGUCCAGAAGUGUGUCUCCUCAGCGCUGCGCUCCAUUGGCCGGCCUGCGCUCCGACCAGAUGGGUGUCAGCAGAGAACCAGGUCUCCAGCGUCGGAAGAGGCUCGGUCCUGGUGGUGUCGCUCAGUCCUCCGGCUCUCUGCUCUGUCCUCCAGAUCCACAGCACACAACAGCUCCCCCUGCUGCCUCUAGGAGUCGCUCAGCCCACCGGAAGGAGUCUCCCAUGAAGCCAAAUCCUCCAACUCCUCCCGGAGCACGAGCUGACCCUGGAUCUCCUGUAGACCCAGAACCUCCAGCAGGACCACGACCUGCCGCAGACCCAGAACCAUCAGGAGAACCAGGAGCUGCGGUCACAUUUGCGAAGCCCCACCCCUCCAAGCCCGAUAGCCAACCGCAGCUGAGCCGACCUUUUACAGCAGCGCCUGACGGACAGCAGCCCUCGGCCAAUGAGGUUCAGCACGCUCUGCGGUGGAGGGCGGGGCUGAGGACCGGAGGUCAAAGGUCAGGAAGUCAUAGGUCAGAGUAUCACAGACAGUUCAGCUGGAAGAAACCUGCAGCUGCUGAUUCACCCAUACUGUAUGCAGAACAGAUGCUCCACUCCAGCAGCAGAUCAGUGCCCCCCUUUAAGAAACACCCCGUUCCCAUGGAAACAGAGUAUCGGCGCAGCUUCCAGGGUCUGGCCCCGCCUGCCAAGCCCUGCCUACGGAAACACCUGGAACAUCAUCACAAAGUCCCAUUGUUCCACACACACACGAGCAACAAAAAGAGAAGGCAGGAGUCAGAGAAGAAGGCCCGCCCCAAACAUGAUGUUCCUGCCCCUCGGAAAGAAGAUACUGUGCCCCCUUCUCUUCCUCCUCAAGUGCAGAGAGGACACAGGAUGUUGACAGAGUAUGAGUCCAGCUUUCGUUCUCCCCUCUACAGGAUCCCAGAGGGGGGCGGAGCCACGGACGGCGUGGCCCUUCAGGUGAAGGAGUUGAGGCAGAAGGCCUUGUCGUACCGCCUUCGAGCCUGGGGGGCGAAUUUCUCCAGAGAUCACCUGAGCCAGCUGCUGUCCGAACACAACGCUCUGUGGGAGCCAUCGGACACCACCGACUCGGCAACUGACCCCCCCACCCCCCGCCUGACCGUUGACCCCUGUCAUGCCGCUGACAGCCGCAGCAUUUCCCCUGUGGAGGCCCUGGACCUGGCCAGCCAGUCCAGUAAGUCCAGUAAGAGGCUUUCUGUUACCGGCUCAGGGAACAAAAACACAGAGACGAAAGCACAGACACCUCCUCGUCCUUCUGCUGAAAGGCGUUCGGCCUGGGGAGGAGAAGGAGAAGCAGAAGGACAGGAGGAGGAAGAAGAAGAAAAAAACGAUGAGGAGGAGGGAAGAUUACCUACUCCAAGGCUGAAGAUAGGACCGGUUCAGAGAACUCACCAUGACCUCACCACACCUGCCACCGGAGGCGCUAUACUGGUGGGAAAACUGAAGAGCAGUGAUGAAUCUUCUCCGUAUAAACAGAGGUGUGGGUCAGCGGUUUCCAUGGCAGCGGGGGCGGAGACUGCUGUCGACGUGCCAAUCAAACCGAAGGUGGCGUGGCCGGACAAUAACUCCCCCCACCUCCCGUCCUCCUCCUCCUCCUCCUCCCCCCCAUCUGGCCCCGCCCCCGACCACAAACCAGCCUUGAGUCCUGCCUCUAAACCAAUCAGGACGAAGCAGACGCCUCCGCCCCCUGUAGCCCCGCCCCUGCAGCACUGUAUCCAAGGCACUCUGAGGCACGCCGACUUCCAGCACAACGGUGAUCUGGGUCUGAGGUUCAGGGAGCUGCAGUGUUCAGGAGGAGGCUGCGGCUCUGACGAAGACGACCGUCUGUCGGUGAUGUCGUGGCGUUCGGCGGCCUCCUGCUCCGUGGCGUCCGGCGUGCUGGAGCGCGCUCAGAAGAGACGAGACAACUUCUGGGGGAAGAGAUGACCC